AUGUCCCUCAAACUACAACUCCCAGAGACGCUCGCGGCUCUUCCGCGGGUGAAUCUACUCUACCCAUUCUUCUCCCCAAUCCAUCCAUUACAGAGUCUAUCAGCUUCCGCCCGAGGCACAGGCGCACAAAAGGUGCAAGUCUCACUGUAUGCAAAGCGAGAAGACCACGCCUCCCCGCUCGCCUGUUCAGGGAAUAAGUACCGCAAGCUGGAGUACAUCAUACCGGAUAUCCUAUCCAGCCAGCCGCGGUACGGCGCCGGUGUUGCGGCAGAUAGACCGGUGGGGCUGGGGACCCCCAGAGGGAAAGUAACGACGCUUGUAACGGAGGGCGCGGUGCAGAGUAACCACACGGUACAGGUUGCGGCUGUUGCGUCAAAGAUCGGGCUUGAGUCUGUUGUGCUCUUGCAUAAAGGCACGGGGGGCGGGUUGUCUUCAGCGGCGGACAAAGAGGCGUUUUUGAGGACGGGUAAUGUGCAGGUUGUUAAGUUGCUGGGUUCUGAUGUCAGAAUGCUUGAGCCGCCUACGCCACCGAAGACUGGGGAUGACCUCGUCGAGGAGGUUUUGGAGGAGUUGAGGGCGCAAGGGAAGCAUCCGUAUUGGAUCCCUUCCGGCGCGAGCUUGCAUCCGCUUGGUGGGUUGGGGUAUGCGCGGUGUGCGUUUGAGAUUGCGGCGCAGGAGAGAGAGGUUCUUCUCAGUGGACAGAGCCCUGAAGAGUCUCGGUUCGAUUAUAUCUUUGUCGCUUGUGGGAGUGGGAGCACAGUUGGUGGGCUCAUCGCGGGUUUCAAAUUACUAGACAAGACGCAACCACGGCGACAAGGAAGCCCGCCACGUCGGGUCGUCGGAAUCCUAACCUCUCCCACAAGACGAAAACCUUACCAUGCAGAACGGAUCCUCCGGUUUGCCCGCCGCGCAGGUGAAUUGAUGGGACUAGAUCCAGAGAACGAUAUCACCAUGGAUGACGUCCUUCUCGAUGAUCGAUUCGCGGGCUCAAGGUACGGCGUACUAGAUGCGCAAACAAAAGAAACCCUCUCUCUAGUGGCGGAGAAGGAAGAGGUUAUUCUAGACCCGGUUUAUACAGCGAAGGUAGCAAGGGGGAUGAUGCACUGGGUUGCUAAAGGAGAGAUAGAUAAGGAUAUAAUCCCUAAUUCUACUGGCCAAGAACAAGAACAUAAACAGGUAAACGCCCUGUUCAUUCAUACAGGCGGACAGUCCGCACUUGGAGCAUACGCGGAUAUUUAG